UCCCUUCCCCGGUCCCUCCCCCCCUCCCCUCGCUGCCACCACCACUUCAGGGCGCGCAUGAGAGAUGUCUGCCACCAGCGUUGACCCCCAGAGACCGAAAGGACAAGAUAAUAAAGUGCAAAAUGGUUCUCUUCAUCAGAAAGAUACAGUUCACGACAACGAUUUUGAGCCUUACCUUUCUGGACAGUCAAAUCAGAAUAACAGCUAUCCAUCAAUGACAGAUCCCUACCUGUCCAGUUAUUACCCACAUUCUAUUAGCUAUCCCUACUCCCUCAGUGAAGCACCAUGGUCAACUGGAGGAGACCCUCCUAUUCCAUACCUCACUCCCUAUGGACAGCUCAGUAAUGGUGAUCAUCAUUUCAUGCACGAUGCUGUUUUUGGACAGCCUGGUGGACUGGGGAACAACAUUUACCCGCACAGAUUCAAUUUUUUCCCUGAAAACCCACCUUUCUCAGCAUGGGGGACAAGUGGGUCCCAAGGGCAGCAGACUCAGAACUCAGCUUAUGGAAGCAGCUACAGCUACCCACCCAGUUCCCUCGGUGGUACUAUGGUGGAUGGGCAGACAGGAUUUCAUAAUGAUACUCUAAACAAAGCUCCUGGAAUGAACAGCAUCGAGCAGGGAAUGGUUGGACUGAAGAUUGGUGGGGACGUCACAGCUUCUGCCGUGAAAACAGUAGGUUCUGUGGUCAACAGCGCUGGGAUGACAGGCGCUUUGUCUGGCAACGGGGGUUCAAGUAUAAACUUGCCGGUAUCUAAGCCAACCUCUUGGGCUGCAAUUGCUAGCAAACCUGCAAAGCCUCAGCCCAAGAUGAAAGCAAAAAGUGGGCCUGUGAUAGGAGGGGCUUUACCUCCGCCACCUAUUAAACAUAACAUGGACAUUGGUACCUGGGACAAUAAGGGACCUGUGGCCAAAGUUCCAACUCCUCAGCAGAUCCCUUCUCCUCAAUCAGUACCACAGCCACAAAUCAUUCAGCCUAUUCCUGCCCAGCCACCUCCACUGGCCCAGCUGCCAUACCAGAACCCUCAGCCGCCGCCAUCUCAAAACCGGUGGGUGGCGCCUCGUAACAGAAAUGCAGCUUUUGGCCAAAGCGGAGGAACUGGUAAUGAGAACAACUCGCCUGGCAGUACCCCAGCAAACUCCAUCCCAGGCAGCGAAUCCCACCCUGUCCUUGAAAAACUGAAAGCUGCUCACAGUUACAACCCUAAGGAUUUCGAAUGGAACCUUAAAAAUGGACGCGUGUUCAUAAUAAAGAGCUAUUCUGAGGACGAUAUUCAUCGUUCCAUUAAAUAUUCCAUUUGGUGUAGCACAGAACAUGGCAACAAGCGUUUGGACAGUGCUUUCCGCUCUAUGAAUAGUAAGGGUCCUGUCUACUUAUUAUUCAGUGUCAACGGCAGCGGACAUUUCUGUGGAGUGGCGGAAAUGAGGUCGCCGGUAGAUUAUGGCACCAGUGCUGGUGUCUGGUCUCAGGACAAAUGGAAGGGGAAGUUUGAUGUCAAGUGGCUCUUUGUGAAAGAUGUUCCCAACAACCAACUCCGACACAUCAGGCUGGAGAACAAUGACAACAAACCAGUUACAAACUCCCGUGACACUCAGGAGGUGCCCUUAGAAAAAGCAAAACAAGUGCUUAAAAUUAUUGCUACGUACAAGCACACAACUUCUAUCUUCGAUGACUUUUCCCAUUACGAAAAGCGCCAGGAGGAGGAAGAGGUGGUGCGGAAGGAACGUCAGAAUCGAAAUAAACAAUAAGAAUAAACAUAUAUAUGGUUUGCUAUAAAUAUAUAUAUAAAUAUAUAUAUAUAUACUAGAACUGAUAUUAAAUUUGAUUAUGAAAAAUUGAAUCUUUUUAAAAAUUUGCUCUGAUGCUGUAUUCUGGCAUCAGGAGACUGUAAAACUUUCAGCUCCAAUAUCUUUUUGUGCAGGGGAAAUUAAAUUGUUGCAUCUUUUAAGUACAUUGUAGUGUGUGUUUGGUUUUUGGAUUUUUGGUUUUUCGGUUUUUUUGCCCUAGUGAAUAUGCAUUAAUUUGUACCUUUUCUAUGUAAAAUGCUGUAGAAUCCACAAAUAAAGGUGUUUUGCUGGGGUUUUUUUAAUGGUUAAAGAAGUUCAUCUAUAAUUGAAGUUUCUGAUAAAUAGUAUUUCCCAAAGACUUUUUACCUUCAACACAAAUUAUGUUUCUAAUCUGAAAAUCACUAUAAUUUUAUAUUUAUGUACUGCAGAUCCUCUUGUUUCAACAGUCUCCAAAAUUGUCUUGCUCCUUCAUGGCAAGCAUACAAAAAACAACCUUGUGUGUAUUUUACUUUUUUGUCAUUUAUUUGCAGAAAUAACAUCCAAGUCAAAAGCAUUGACAAUGCAACAAGUUCAGAUCUCUUUGUAUAGUUCACUUUUUAUCUGUUUUGUUGAUUGGUUGUUUUUUAAAAAAAAAUCCUGAAAGCACUUUUCUGUCUUGUAGAAAAUGAAAAGGGAACAAUUCACAAGUAUCACAUCUCACAUGGGCUGCAUAGAUGAAAAUUGUACAAAUGCAAUUUUGCACUUGCAUAAUUUUCAGUCCUUUUCAAUGAAGUUUGCAUGAGAAACGUUCCCCUUGGGUUCUUCCUCAUGCAGUCUAAAAACAGCUUUUCGUUCAUAUCUGAUGAAUUUUGUGUGCACCUGCUAUAUCAUAUCCUGCAACAAAAAGAUGAGAUUUUCUCUGCCAUAAUUUUUUUUGUGUUGUAGUUUUUUAAUGGUUUAAAUGUUUUCAGCAUUGCAGGGGCUUGGGGGCAAUGUGGCUUUUAAAGGCUUUUUUCAGCUUUCUAAUACCCAUUAAAUCAUUUUUAAUCUGUCCCCUGUUUUUGUUCUUCACCCACCUUCUCUAAAAUGUCAUUUAAAAUUUUAUACCAAUAAUGGUGAGCUUUAAUAUAGAAUCUUAGUACAGACUCAUAUGAUGGAUUAUGCUUCAGAUGUUUAAAAAUGUGUGUAUGUGUCUAUUUUUUUCUGUUGGAUGAGUAAAAACAACUGUUUUAAGAAACGGAAUUUGCUGUCAUGUUUUUGUGGAAUGAGGAAGCUAUUGAAGAAAUGGCCACCAACCGGAGUUUCAAAAUUAAGCAUGAAUUCUUGAUGCUCAUGCCUGUUGCUCUAGCACACCGAACCUGCACGUGUUUAUUGUAGAGGAUCUUUUACUUAUAUUAGAAAGCAAAUAUCUUCUGAAAUCUACUUACUCAAGAGGACCUCUGAUUUAAAUGAAAGUUUAAGCUGUAUCAUUUAGACUUGUAUUUAGAACAUAUAGCUUUGUCUCUGGACUGUUGCUUCCGAUGUAAGGAGUAAUGGGACAGCAUCAGAUUAACUUUUUUCCUCUAGGAGAAUACAAGCCUUAAUAAAUAAUACCUACUUAGCAA